GUAGUCCUGAGCCCAGCUGAGCAAGGCUAAUCUCCUCCCCCUUUCUCUCUUUCCCUUUCGUGCUUUGCAUCUCCUUCAUCCUUCUAGCCACCUCACACCAUGGAACCGCUAUAUGCCUCCAGCUGCCACGGCCAGUUCGAUGCCAUCUCGUGCAGGUUGUUGGUUAAAUCUGGCACCUUCGGGCCAACACUGUUGGUCGGGUUAACCGUCUUCUGUGCCCUUCUCACUCAAUUCGUUUUCACUCCCCAACGACUCAGGAGCAUCUACGGAACCAAGUUUGCCGCCCUCACCCCCGCAGAGCAGCGCCGCGUAGGGGUCCUGCACGUGGGAAUCGUGAUGAAAGUAUGGGCUUUCGUGUUUCUAGCAAUCCCCAGCUAUCGGAUCCUCGUCCAGGGGCAGUAUUGGGAUGAACGGGGCUUGGUGCCGGGACUGACGCUGGCCGAUAUGGGCACCACCUCGGUGAUGGCUUUCGGGGCGCUCAGCCUCUUCGACCUGGUAUACAGCGAGAAUCUGCGACCGAUCUACUUGCUGCAUCACCUGGGGACACUUGCCUUUCUUCACGGUUACUUGUACAUGGUCAUGAGCCUUCCCGCGGCCCCGGAGAAGACCGCCGAGGGUCUGGAGCGGCUGGUGCUUCUCGUCGAGAUCUGUUUGACCUGGGGUACGUUCCUUUCUGUGUGUAUGCAAGUGCUGUAGCCUCCGGAACGAGAUGCUAAAUCCUUCAAUCGUGGUGUAGU